AGCUCCAAGCGUUCCACAUCUUUGAUCACUUCUUCCAUCCAUUUUGCUUCCCCCUUGGCUCCCUCCACACCGUCCGGCGAACUCCACGGCCACCUCCGGUCAAACCGCAGUGCUCACCGGAGCUACGACCACCAGCUGCCUCACCGUCGAGUGGGCCCCAGCACCAGCCACACACCGUAGCAGCCCCUCUUGCUCAGGUCCGGUCGCCUCGCUUCCCGCGCGGAGCUUUGCGAGCGGAGGAAGGCUGGCUUCCGCGCGACGCGUUCUUCCUUUCCGCGUUCGUGUGCAGCCCCACAGUCACUGACAACCGGGGCCUGCUGCCGUCGGCCCCACCUGUCAUCACCUACCCCUGGUCGACAACUUUUUAACGCUCAUUGACAGGCGGGACCACCGCUCGAUCCUGCUGCUCCUGCCUCCUCCUGGACUGGACCUUCCUCCUCGCCGCGCGUGCCGAGGUGGAGGAGGACGACGAAGCUCUCUAUAGCUAGCUGCCGUUGCGUGCCAGCUACUACAACACCCCUCCACGCCCUCGCUUUUUACUCCCAAAUCGAAGCGCAGGUCGGUAAAAACAACAAGUGGAUCGAUCGAUCGAGUAAAAGAAGCAACGAUCACUAGUGUCUCUCCACGGAGGAGGAGGAGGUUUGACAAGGUGGCAGAGACGGAGGGAGGAGGAGGAUGAGUAGCCUGGCCAUUGUGGAGAAGAGGCCGGCGCCGUUCGUCGGCGGCGGCGGCGGGUGCGCGGGCGGCGUGCUGCUCCACCUCCUGGACUGGCACCGCCGCCUCGCCCGCAAGCGCCGCCUCUUCUCGCCGCGCAGGCUCCUCCCCACCUCGCUCCGCUCUUCCCCGCGCAGGCUCCCGUCCCCGCCUCAGGCCUCGCAUCCUCCUCCCGCGCCUCGCUUGUCCUCCGCCGCAACCGCCGCCGGUGUCGCCGCUCCGGGCGUGGGCGUCGUCGCGCGCCUCAUGGGUCUCGAGUCGUGGCCCGCCACUGGCCCCGUCGGCGCGCCCCCGGCGGCGCGGAGGCCGCAGAAGCAGAGGAAGGUGGAGGUGGCAUCACCGACGCCGCGGGCCGACGAGCCAGACGUGGUCCUGGUGUUGCCUCCGAGCCAGCGUCCGCCGCCGCUAUCGCCUGCGGCAAGGAACCAUCACGGCGCCGACCUGCCGGCGAGGAGCCCGAGGCGGAGCCGACUCGUGCAUGCCGCGGCGACCAAGCUGUUGGAGCCUAGCGCUCGCGCGAGCUCGAGGGCGAGUGCCAGGUUGGCCCUCGCGUACGCCUGCUCCUCCCCGCAGCAUCGCAUGGAUGGCCAUUCCAAUGCGUUGCAAAGCUCAAGUAUGCCUGAUGACUUCCUGUCUCGCUCUGAUAGCCUGCCAUUAGAGCGUUCGUCCAGAUUGCAGCCGGUCGUUGCCCAGCCUCCUGUUCUUCCGGCGGAGACAGAAUGGGACAAUGUCAUUACUUCCAGUAGGCAUGAGAAGCAUUCCAUUGACACAAUAAGCAGCUCUGAUGCUGCAGAUGUAGUAAGUGGUGAUGCAAUAGUGGUGCUAAGAUCGGGUUUUGAUGAUGCAAAUGUGAGUAGAAGCAGCUCUGGUGCGGACGCCAUGCCCAAGGAUCACAAGGCAAGAACUGACAGACUGAGCAACUGUUCAAGAAUGAGAUCGAGUGGUGCUGGCGUUCGAGCUGGAGAAGAGAGGUCAUUGCGCAAGCGAGGAACUCACUCUCUGCAAGAUGUUGAGGGGAAUAUUGGAUCUCGGAGCUUGGUUAGUUCCACUCAUCCUGCUGCUGGUAGUGCUCGCGAACUGAUGUCUGGCAGUAGGAGAGCUGCACACCAUGGUUCUGGUCAAAGAAGGGAGUUGAUGGGUACAAUCACUCCACAAAGAAGCAGUCGCAGGGAGGUAAUGGGUUCAAGCAAUCCACAAAGAAACACUCGCCGAAGCUCGAUUGACCGGAGUGGAUUGACAUCCACAACCACAAGUAGGAUUGCAGUCAGUACUGUAUCUGGGCAAAAAAGGGGAUCACGGAAGAAUGUAGGCCGUGACAAUGCAGCCUGUAACAGAGAAGUUAAUAAUCCAGUUGCAUUUGCAUCUAGUUCAUCUGUGAACCCAGUGACAAGGAAUUCAUCGCAAAGCAAAGUUUCAGAGAAGAGAGGGUGCAGAAGGACACAAGUUAUUAGUACCAGUUGUAGUACAAGAUUGCCGGUAGUUGAAUCUUCACCUUCUGUUGUGGGUAGUUCUGAGAAAGAGGAGUUUAGCAGGCUACUGAAAGCAAAAAUUAAUGAGCUUGGUUUGUCUGAUAGGAUUGAAUCAAGUGAUGCUCUUUCAGGAAAAUUAACUGCAUCAGUGCUUCAAGAGCUCAUUUCUGCCCUCACUAAUGAUACAAACACUUCAGAUUCUCAACAUAGUAACUAUUCCAAUGCAUACAAUUCUCAGCAUAGCAACUACUCUGAUGCAGUAGACUGUCUAAACAACAAUAUGAGUGCAUGCAAUUCCAAUGAUCAGUCGCAUGACUUUCAGAACUGUUACCAGAGGGACAGAGAGGUUGAAUCUUCUGCUACUUGCAUGAACAAUGAGCCCAACCAACCAAGUCCAACUUCAGUCCUCGAAGCAUGCUUCUCGAAUGAUACUUCAUCGUUAGGAAGUCCAACCGAAAAAAAUGAGGGUAAAGAAUACUUUGUGUCAAUUGAAAACAAAAUGGAAGAUCUCUUUAAUUUGGAGUCUGACAUUGUGGAUUUGGCAAUAUCUAUUGACAAAACGAAGACCGAUGCUGAAGAAAUAUUUCAUGGAAUUGAUAAAAUGUCUUCUGUACAUAAUUUGAUGGCGCGUGAUUUCAAGCUGUUAGAAGCUAGGCUCCACAGCAUCGGAGAAGCCAUUUCAAAUGCUGAAUUGCUGUUAGGCAAUAGCCCCUUGUCUACCAAAACAUCAAAUCUAUCACUCCAUUGUUUUAUCAUUGAAAUGCUUGAAGUUAUUAUGGAUUUAUUUGGUGGGUCAAAGAGCUUAGGUCUCACAGAAGAAAAGAAGUAUCAACAAACCAACUUCAUAUUCGACUGCAUUAUUGAAUCAGUGAAUUCAAAAUUCUGCGAUUUCGGCAAAUGCGGAUACAAGGCAUGGUUGAGACUGCCUCUCAGUUUGACUGAAGAUCUGUUGAAGAGGGAGAUAUCGAAGGAGAUCUGCAAUUGGAGGGAAACUAGAGAAACUACACCCAAUCGAGUUGCUGAGAAAGAGUUGGACCAAAUGACUCCCAGGUGGGAUGCAUGUCAAGUGGAAGCAUUUGAUAUCAGCAUUGCAAUUGAGCAUGACAUACUUGAGGCUCUUGUUGAUGAGUUUGCAUUUGACCAAUGGUGAAAGGCCUGUACAUGGUUCCAGUUGAUCUAAAGGUCUGGACAACUUCAGAGUUCAGACUUCUGGUUCACAUGAUGAUCACCUAUAAAUAAUACUCUGCUGAUAUGUUUGUAUUCCUCUCAAGGAAAUUUUGUACAGACUCAUGUAAGAUCGUAGCGCCCCCAGACUUUCUUUUGUUGCCUAAUUGAAACAUGUUAAAAGUACCAUCCCUAUUUUCAACCCUUUGUAACCCUGCUGGACCUUGAUGAUGACUGAAUAAAGGUGUUAGAACCUGAAGGAAUUGUACGGCA